AGAUUGCAGUUACAUUUCAGAGCUUAACGUGGGGGGAUGUAUGCCGUGCGUUGUCAUAAAUUUAUUAAAAGCGUUAGUGUUAAUUGACAUUUGAAUAAACAGACCGGCAAUCAACGUAAAUAAUAUACGUGUGGCAGAUCCAAAUUCCAAUUGUGCAAUUUACUCGAAGACACAGCGAUAUACCAAAUAGGCCUCCCUCUGUUUCUGUUUGUUGAAUAUUCAUACACACCACCAACACCCCCUUCCUUCAACCGAUUGUGUGUGUGGCGCCAACUGUAUGUAAAAACAUUCAACGCUGCGCACGAUAAGAACAGCAGCAGCAGCAACCAAUUACAACGAUUAUUGCUGGGACUCCCACAACAAUUGACGCCGAUGAAGUGAAUGCACUGCAACUGGAGGCGGUAAAUCCCCCGCACCGCAAUUGCAAUUAAGACACAGCUCUAAUUGGAGAGUUCAGAAGCAGAGCCACAGCCAGCAGCAUCUCGACAAGAUGCCGUCGUUGCGGCAAAAGGUCACCACGUACUUUCGACAAUUGAGUUUCAUAGCGGAGCCGCGCGAUGGCCGGAGGCGCGUCAACGGCAACGCGGACGAGGACGAUGGCAGUUUUAUAACCAAAUAUCUAGAGGGUCGCAUGGAGCGUGAGUUUAUGCCCGGCGGACCGGAAAUCUAUAAUGGCCAGAAUCCCACAGAUAUGCCCGUGCUGAAACUGGGCUGCUACGCCACCGGCCCGGACACCAUCACUGCCGCCUGCACUGGUCCAGACGAGGGCCUGACAGGCAUCAAACGCUCCAAGUUGCAUUUAAGUGCCAGCUAUGCGGAUGACAUUGACUUCAUCGACACACAGCAGGAGAACGAGGAUGCGUAUGGCGUGCGCAAGAGUACGCCAGCAGCGCCCGCGCUUAGCUCAUCGACGCGGCUGAGCAACAAGUUUGCAAGGCCGACGGGCUCCCGGCGCCAGAGCAAUGCUGACCAGACCACAACAGGAACGGCAGCUACUGGAGCAACAGCGGCUGCAGGCAUGCGAUCCAGGAAAAACUCCAAAAGCAGCUUAUCCGCCGUGUCGGCUGCAGCUAACGAGAGCGGCGGCAAGGCCACCACCAUAGUGGUCAGCAUGGUCAGCAGCAGCAAUAGUCCUGCCCAGGAUCAGAAUAACAAGAAUCUUCUAAAUGCUAAGACUGAGGCCGCCACGGCUGCCGGACACGGCAACUCGGAGCGCGAACGGCUGCUCCGCGAAGCGGUCAGCAAUCAGAAUGUCGCACCCAACCCCAUCGCUCACUCCACGCCGGUGGCCGGCGUCGAGAACUGGCAAAUGGAUUGCGACUUUGCCUACGGCAUUUCAGUGUCGCUUUACGAGAACAAUAUGCUGACCAAGGAACCGAUGGGCAAUCCCAUUGCCGACUGCUAUGGCUGCGUUGUGCGUGGCGAUGCCGCGGCCAUGGCCAUGGCCGAUGGCGUCAACUGGGGUGAUGGAGCUCGGUUGGCCGCGAGAUCCGCCGUGCAUGGCUGCCUGGACUAUCUGGAUCGUGCGGUGUUUGGGCAAGCGCACGAGUGCCGGGCCACGACCACACAGGAACUGUUUGUAAGCCUGUUGCGCAGCCUGUGGGAGGGACACGGCUGCAUAUUGGAGGUGGGUGGAGCCCUGUCCACGCUGACAAUUGCUGUGGUGCUGCCGCUGGACGGUGCACCUGGCAAAUAUGUGGUGUGCGCCUGCAACGUGGGUGACUCUUUGGGCUAUGUGUACUCCAAGAAGCACGGCGUGCGCGAAUUGACGCAAGCCUCCCAUGAUAUUAGCUCCAUGCGAGACAUGCGUGACGCGUUGGGAGCUCUGGGACCAGCCGAUGGCAACAAGCCAGAGCUAAGCAAUCUCACAUUCUCCAUGAGCUGUAUCGAGCGUGGCGACAUUGUGUUUCUCACCUCCGACGGCAUCAGCGACAACUUUGAUCCAGUCGUUGGCAAGUUCGCCGAGGCCUGGACCCCGGACGUAAAGCUACAGCAUUUGCAGUCAGCGAAACUGGCGCCCAAGCGCCAGAACAAAAGCGCAUCAGCGAUCUACGCCCGCUUGCAUCCACAAUCGGCCACGCCGCCCAGUCGAACACGCCAGCCAAAAGCUGGCAGCCCACCCAGCAAUAUGCCCAGUCGGCCCAAAUAUAUGCGCUCCCAGACGCUGAUCGAAGCGCGUCAUGGUGUUGGCGCCGGCACACCUGUUGUACCAACGCCACCAAUUCAGCGCAUUCCCAAAUCGGUGUUAGGCCUUCCGCUUGUUACUGGACCACAGCGUCAUGCCCUGACGCUCUAUCGUCUGGAGGAUCUACUUAGUUAUGGCAUCAACGGAACUUUCUCACCUUGCGCCUCGGCGCGGCGACUGUGCCAUCUGUUGAUAGACUUUGUGCGUAUGAUCACCUCGGCACGUCGCAAGACCCUCGAGCAGCGUGAGCUCUUCUACAAGCUGUCCACAGGUCCGGAUGGGGUCAAGCGAGAGGUGCAGCUGAAUCGCAUGCAACACAGAGCUGCCCGCAAACGCGUCGUCGACAGCAGUGCCUUUGGUGCGUUGCCUGGAAAACUGGAUCAUGCCACUGUGCUCGCCUACACCGUUGGUGGCGCAGCUUCAGAUGCAUCGGAUGCGGAUGAAGCUGAUAGUGGUGAUGGUGAUGGAGGCGGUGGUGGCGGCAACGGGAACGCGGCGCCAGUGCUGCAGUCCAAGGAGUUUAAGGAGACAACAUUCUAAGCUGCCCACACUCACACAAACACGUAUUCAGCAUAUAUAAAUAUACAUAACCCAUAAAAAACGUAGUCUUAUGCAAACAUAUAUUAUUUACUUGGUAUUCAUGAAGCUUUCGUUUAAGUUGUUGAUUUUAUUUUUCGAGUUUGUCAGCCAUAGGAUUUAGCCAUUUUUGAAAUGCACACGUGUAAUGCAAACGCAAAACGACAAAUUGCCUCAAAUGUUUUAAACUAUCUCUAAAAAAAACAGAAUAAUACACAAAUGCAGCAAUGUAAA